AGCAAAAUGAAUCACCAGCAGAUAUACUGGAGCCAUCCAAGAAAAUUCUGCCAGGAUUCUCAUUCUUGCCACAACUGUUCGAAUGGACGUGGUCUGAUCAGGAAAUAUGGCCUCAAUAUGUAGCACCGGUGUUGCUGUCAGUAAAAGGAUGCAGACUUCAUUAGGCUAGACUAA